UGCCUUUUCUUGUUCGUUUCUCCCUCCACUCCCGAGGCGUUUGCGUCUCGAUUUUUCAUCCUUCGAAGCCUCGCGUUCUCGAAAUUCGUCUUCAGCCCGUUGGCGUUUCUCUCUCCAGCCCCUGCAGAGGCUGUUUGGAGUCCGCCGUGCGUUCGAGUCUGUUCACGUUCUUUCCUUCGUCGCAGAUUUCAGCUGUUGUCUGCGUCAAUUUCGCAAGUUCCGCUUCGUUAUCCACGGAGGCAAGUCCUCACACAAGGGCAAAUGCGUUUUCCUGCGGAGUUGAGGGACUCGUGGAAACUCGACGAAGCCGGCGAAUGCGUUGUCGGUGCCUGGGCACCCCAGAGCGGCUCUCGCAUGCAGAGGUGGUUUUCUACAGAGACCAGCGUCUUUCUGAUCCCCUUUCCUUUCGCUGAACGACUGUCCCGACGUUUUCUUCUUUGCCUUCGCCUUUUUCGCCCAAACAGCCCGCACUUGCAGCCGAACCGCGCCAUGAAACGCCCAGGCUUCUUGUAGACGCAUGCGUUCGCUUCGCGCCCAGUGCCUUGAACCCUGCUUUCGGCACGCCUCUCCGGUGUAUGUACACCACGAUGAGCGCGCCCCCGAGUAUUCCCCUCUUCCCGCCUCCAGGAAGCACUGCCGGCUACACGUUUUCGUCUCCAGCGCCGCUGAACUCUGGGGGUCAUCUGCGCGCCGGCGGGCAUCGCUCGACCUUGAGACUGAGACCGGGAGUGUGCUCUCCUGUCUCUCUCGGAUCACGCAAGCGCCCUCCGCCGGGGUCUGGCAACGCAGCUUCUGCGCUGACUCUCCCGACGAAGAGCCGGCGCUCUGCAGCUCAAAACAACGUACCCGCGACAAGAUCCACGCGAGCCGCGACGGCGGCUUUCCUUCAACACAGCGGCGCGCUGCAGCCCUCGCAGUCGGACUCCGCUUCGGGUGUAUGUACACCCUACCGGGUGGGCCAGGUGCUGACGGACGCCUUGAACCGCCUCCAGAAGAAAGACAAGAAACAAAUCUUCGCAGCAGCAGUCGAUAAAACCCUCGUCCCCGACUACUACGUCGUCAUUAAGGAGCCCAUGUUCUUCGAUAAAAUGAAACAGAAAAUUCGCGACAGAGCCUACAAAACUCUGGACGCAUUCAAUGCAGACGUCGAACUCAUCAUCAGCAACUGUCGGCUGUACAACCACCCCGACACGCCGUACUGUCGAGUAGCGGCUCUCGUGGAAACUUGCUGGCACAAACUUCGAGAACGUGUAAAAGUCAAAUUCGCCGCCGCCGCCGCAGCAGACUCUGCAGACGAGGCGGUCGUCGCUGCCCUCAAGCCCGCGAGUUCUUCUGGGAGCUCUCUCAGCGGGAGAGGUUUCCUGGAUCCGGCGACCCUCGCCCAGAGCGCGGCCCGCGUGCCUGGCGACUCCUCCACGCCCCACGCCGCCAGCGACGUGGGCUCUGCGACCGCGGGCGCGCCGGGGGGGCCCGGAGCCCCAGGCAAGGCCGGCGUAUGCGGAGACACUCUCGCCGGCGAUGGAGGCAGCAAGAUCGUGGGGGCCUCGAGCAAGGCCGGGAGAACUUUGGGGGCCGCGGGCUGUGUACAACGAUCAGACACAGCCGGCAAGCAGGUCCUCGGCGCGGGUCUCGGUUCCCCGCGCGACAGGCGCGAAGAAUUGUUUCUGCUUCUCCGCAUGGCGGCGGAUCCGACUGCUGCGGCGAAGCUGGAGGCGCUGCAGUGUCUCGACAGCCGAGAACAGGCGGGCGAAGCGCCUGGAGACAGCUCGCGGGCGGAAGGCCCUGCGGACGCCACAGACGCAGGACUCGCCAAAGAGGCGAAGGCGAAGGAGACACUCAAGGAAUCAGCAGGACCUGCGAGCACGGAAGUGGCGGCGGAGGCCCGACGCAGCUCGUCCGUUUUCGGAUUUGAAGCGAGACAGAAAGAUCCUUUUUUCUGGGCUCCCCUCGUGGUGCCUCACCUGCUGUGUCCCCCGUCGCUGGCCUGGACUCAAACGCUAGGCCCGGUGGAGUAUGUAGGAUCUUCGUCGCCUCUGUCGCUUCCUCAGAAAACUCAGCAGCCUCUUUACCACAAAAGCAUUCAGGCGUUCUUGGGGGAAGAGACUCUGGCGCGUCUGGAAAAAGUUUUCCCCGACACGACGCGAGAACUGCAGAAGUAUGCACAGCACGAGGCCCUUUGGGCGCCGCUGAACGACUUGCGGAUUUUCGGCGUCGACACUGCGGACUUCCCAGAAUAUAACUCGAAGCUGUCUGUGGACCACAACUACCUUCUGGGGGUCGGCGAGGGUCAUGUUCAGGCGGCGGCGACCUUGGGGGCACAGCCGCCUGCUUCGCUCGCGUCGCCGUCUCCCUCUCCGGAGUCGAAGGCGCCCUCUCUCGAUCUCUCCUGUCUGCAGGGCCUCGUUCAGAAGCAGCUGCAUCGGAGAAAUCCCCAGAGACACCCAAAGCCGAAGCCCCCAGGGGGUCUCCUCGCGCGCUGCGCCGCUCACGCAAGUGUCGCUUCUCGCUUCGCGGCGCUGUCGAAACUGUCCCUCGCCUCCCGCGCCGCGGAUAUCUCUGGAGGUCUCCAGUUUUCUUCUGCGCCCGCGCUGCUUCUCGCUGGCAGCGAGGGCGACGGAACGGCCUCGCGGAGUUUCGCAGGUCAGACGACCGUGGCGCGCGGCGAGGCGGAGGCCGGAACUUCUUCGCCGCAGGUUUUUCCAGGUCGAGAGGAAGGCGGCAGGAAGCUCUCAGCAGGAGAGCCUCUGGGCGAGAGCCGUGGAGAUCUCGAGGCCCUCCACCGGCGCGUGGAGCCGGAGGGCGCAGACACUUUGGCGCCGGCCGCGGGCGCUGGGUCGAUUCCGAAGCCGGGUGCGGGGUCGCGCGAGGAGGCGCAGCUGCUGCAGGCUGCUGUGAGGAGACACUUUGACGGAUUGAUUCAGCAAGUUGUCAACACCUCACAGCGUCUCGUCCCUCUGGAACGCAGAUGCGCGUUGGCACCGACUCUCCAGUGCCGCGCUCCAGGAACUCCGGAAGUCUCUUUGCCUCGCGGGCAAGGACCGAGAGAAGGCUCUCGCGAGGCGCCUGCGCCUGCGGACAGAAAACAGACUUACCUAGAGAACCCAGGGGCUCCGUCAGGACUGCAUGCACAGCGAGCUGGAAACCCCACAGAUCCUGAAAGGGCAACUGUGCGCCCUCAGCUGCUGCCUGCCAAGCCCCAGGGCCCUUCGCAGGAGACAGGUUCUAACUCUGGUGGGGGCAUCUCUGUCGGAGGGGGACCCGUGGGAAACGCACCUUCCGCGGCGGGUGUGCAGCGACCUCUCGGCUUCGCCUCAGCGGCUUCUGCACAUCCUCGCGAAAAGUCACAUCCUCCAGUCUCGCAUGCUCUGUCUCCAAACGCCUCUCACUUCGCUUCGCUCGCUGCUCAGCCGCCAGUCGCGCCUCCCCGAGCCUCCCCGCCUUCAGGGCUCUCCACUCGUUCUGAUUCUCUCGCACAGGUGCUUCCUGCCUCUUCGCAUGUUUCUGCAAAGUCUGCUCCUCAUCCUCAUCUAGUCCACUCUACUCUUCAUUCGCCUCAAGCUCAUCCUGUCUCUCCUCAUUCCAGUCAAGUUCGCGCGGCGCAGCCUCAUUCCGUUUCUUCGCAUCUGCUAUCUGGAUCGUUUCGGGGGCCUCCACCUGCCUCCACUUCUUCUCUUUCCUUGCCUGUUCCCUCGGCCUCCCCUUCCCCCUCUUCCGCCUAUGCGCAGCCCGCGUAUCCUCCCUCUUCUCUUCCUUCUGCGUAGUUUCUCUCUUUUUCUCAGUCCGUUCCUUCCUUUCUUCUUAGUUCCGCUUUCAGGGCAUGCGGCGAAAACGGCAGCGUUUUAUUUGAGGAAGAAGAACGAUGGAAAAUCCGAGGAAGUUAGAGUCAGAGCAUUCAAGCUAUGAGUGAAGAACUCUCAAGUUCGUGUUCGAUUCGUUUCCCGUAUGUCGAGAAGAUCCUCAGUUUCAGCGAAAACUCUGUGUGUCUCCUCCCCGUCUUCGUUUCAAUGGUCCUCUGUUCAGACCCUGGAGAGAAGAUAUCAACAUGCGCCGAGAGAGAGAGAAAUCCAGAAUGGAUGUUCUUCUUGGCAUCUUCAGGGAGAAAGGAGGUUCCGUUUGCACGGUCUCUGCUGUCUCCCCAGAGCGGCGGAAGAGACGACAGAAGAUGUUCGCGUGUUUAGAGAGGGAAGCGGCUCUGCCAGAGUCUGCGUGCACUCCAGAGUCUCUGGUCGCCGAACCUCCAGGGUUUCAGGGACCAUCUCGUCGAAACAAGACGAGAGGAGACAGCAGGAAGGGGGAGGAGAGACAGAGAGCAGAGAGAACCAAGAAAUGCUAUCAUGCGAGUGGAGAAAAGAAAAAAAUUGGAGCGAUGCGUGUGAAGAACAGAAGUCUUUUGCCUCAGGUCGAAAAUCCUAAACGCGAUAAAAAGGGGGCGGCUCGAAUGGAUAACUGACUUUUUUGCGAGCCUCUUGGUGCGUGCUAAAACAAGAGACAGUGUAGGCCCUUGUGGGGUCUGAGUCUGCCGGGAAGGACAGUAAACUGAAAACGAUUCCUCAGAGAUUUUUCGUGAGCAUAUGCCAAGCUUCAAUCGGCUUAUAUAAGUGAGGAUAUGAAAGGCGUCGGUCGCCUUAUAAGUGGGAAUAUGAAAAGCAUAUAGAUGUGUAUAUAAAUUAGAACUUGUAUAUCACAGAACAAAGACUUUAGAGCGAGACACCAUGCUGAAUAAAUCAGGUAAGCUCGUUUUUUUUCUGUUGUGGGGAUGGGUGGUUAAAGGGAAUAUUUUGAGCUUGGGGGCUCGUCCUCACUCUUUGGACAGCAGAGGCUUUCAUUGAGAAGAAGUCUUUUUCGCGGAUGUUUGUUCUCUGUUUUGCCCUUCGCGUGCAUGCCUGAAUUCGUAAAACCUGCAUUUCCCCUCUACUACGGUGCCUAGGAGGCGGCCUUUAACUCUCUCGGG